AUGCUCCGCACGCUGGUGCCCAGCGUGCGGGCUGCACGGUUGCUGGCCACGGAUGCUGUGCCAUCAUCGUCCAGUGUUGUUGAAGAAAGGUCUGUAAAGAAGAUAGGAAGAGCUUUGGAGACCUAUAUAAAGCUUAGUAGAGAGCAUGUAUCUAUGAUGGCUAGAGAGCGGGCCGAUUUUGAGUUGGGAAAGCGACACUUGGCAAAUAUGAUGAAUUUGGACCCUCACGCCUUGACACAGGCUGAUAUUGAUGAAGCCAUUAGAUAUCUGUUCCCGUCUGGUUUAUUCGAUCCGAACGCUCGCCCAGUGAUGCGACCUCCGGAUGAAAUCCUUCCAAAAUUUCAUCGAUUUGACUUUGACGACGAAGGUCGACCGAAAGAUACACGAUUCUUUACAUUGCAACCAAAAUUUUAUGGUCUCUUAUCGGAUAUUGGCAUCAAAACAAAAUCGGUGACAUCAUUCUACAAUGACCAUAUGUCAGCGGGU